AUAUAUAUACGUACGUGCAUACAUACAUUUCUUUUUAUGUGUUGGAACUUUAAAAAAUGAUUAUAAAUACGUCAUAAUUUAAUCUUGCAUUUAUACAUCCUUAUUAACUAAUUACAAGUAAAUAAAAAUCAUUACUUCAACGUAUGCAUUAAUUUAUUAUUAACAUAUGUCGUAUAUUAAAGUUCUUUUAUUUAUAUUUCUUUUUUAAUUGGUUGACAUAUAUCUGAUCUAAUUAUGACUCAUAAGUAAGUGAUUGUGGUUUCCUGGAACACAUACUUUCCUUCUAGGUGUAUAACUUAUAAUGAAGCAUCUUAAUAGUCCGCAGUUCUAUCCAACUACUUAUAAAUAUAUAUUUAUUCAGACCAUUUUUGUCCAAAAUUUAUUUUUUCUAAAUAUUUUCAAAUGUUGCUUUGUGGUUUUUUGUUUAAAAUCUUUCUUUCUAAUACGUUAGCUUAUAAUUUGGAUAUUACCAAUGUUAUUAAAUUUGUUAUUCCACAAAAAUUAAAAGAUACACGAAGUAGUUAUUUUGGAUAUUCUACUGCUCUGUAUAAUAAUGGUAAAAAUGUUUCCGGAGUACUUAUCGGUGCACCAAGAGCAAAUACCAGUGAUCUUCCAUCUAUAUUAGAACCAGGAACCGUUUACAUGUGUUUGUUUAAUAAUGUAUGUAAGGAAUGGGUCGUUGACAAAUCUGAAAAUGAAUUCUAUGAGAAUAGAAAUAAUUCAUGGAUCGGAGCAGUUGUUAUGACAGGGAAUAAUGGAAUUAAUUCUAAAGUUCUGGUUUGUGCUCCACGAUUGAUAAAAAAAUGUGGUAUAGAGUGGUAUAUAACUGGUAUGUGUUAUUGGACCACUGCCACUAGCUUAAAAUCAUUUGAAAAAGAAUCUGAGAAAAUAUCAGUCGAUGGCGAUUAUGUUAAAUUGCAUAAUUAUCUUAAACGUGAAUAUAUAUAUCAUUUUGGAAUGGGUCAAGUUGGUUUUUCGGCAGAUAUAAGCUUCGAUAAAUCAGAAUGGAAUGUUGCUUUGGGUGGCCCAGGUUUAUUUCAUUGGAAAGGUGCCGCGGUAUAUUUUACAGAAUCAACUUCUGGUUUUAAACAAACUAUUACCGCAAAUAAUAAAUUGGACUCUUAUGAUUAUUUAGGAUAUUCAACAACUUCCGGAUUUUAUUUUAGCAAAACAGAACGAUUGUUUGCGUCAGGUUCGCCGAGAGGUAAUGAUAUGAAAGGAUGUGUUAUAGUAUAUUCUUUUUCCAAACAUUCAGAAGAAGAUAUAAAUAUUAGUAAUACCCUGAACGGUUACCAAUGUGGAGAAUAUUUUGGAGCUACUUUGGCAUCGUGUGAUCUUAAUAAUGAUGGUAGAGAUGAUUUAAUUGUCGGUGCACCUUUUUGGACUAGAGAUAUGGAUGAGGGUCGAGUAUACAUCUUUAUUGCAUGGGAAAAUAAUAAUUUUAUAAAAGGAUUAGAAAUUGAAGGUGAUGUAAGUGGAGGAAGAUUUGGCUCUUCUAUAACAUGUUUAGGAGAUAUUGAUUAUGAUGGAUACAACGAUAUAAUAAUUGGGGCACCAUAUGAAGGAAAUAGCGGUGCGAUAUAUUUAUACAACAGUGAUAAAAAUGGAAAUUUAAAAUGUAGUCAAAAGAUAGUUGGUUCGGAAUUUUCACCAAAUGUUCGUGGAUUUGGUAUAUCAGUAUCGAAACCUUUGGAUAUAAAUGGCGAUAAAUAUCUUGAUAUUGCAGUAGGAGCUUAUUUGUCUGAGCAAGUUUUUCUCUUAACAUCCAUACCUGUUGUUUCAAUAGCAAUAAAUCUUGUAUAUCCUGAUAAAUCAUUGUCUAGAGAUUCCAAAUUUUUUACCAUUAAUAUUUGUACUAGUUAUAAAGGUGUACACGCUCCUAUGGAAUUAAAUAUUACUCGUUAUUUGGAAAUAGAUCUGUUAUAUGAAAGAGCAGUAUAUUUGAAAAAUGAAAAAACAUAUUUUACCUGUACUUUACCAACUGCAUUAAAAAUAUCCGAACGUCAAUGUGAUUCGUUGAAAAUUCAUCUUAAAAACAAUAUUCAAAAUGUGAUUGAUCCGAUUACAUUAUCUGUGGUAGUAGAUAUAAAUAAUAACACGCAAGAAGUUAAUAAGUCAAGCAACAUUGUUCAUAGAUCAUCAGCAGUAAUAAACAAACUAAAUUCAAAAAUUAAAGAUGUUAUUCAGUUACCAUUUAUGUUAGAAUGUGGUACUGAUGAUAUUUGUAACUCAGACUUACGAAUAUCUCUUCGAACUAAUUUAAAAUCUAAUAAUACAUACAUUAUUGGAUCAGCAUCAGACCUUAAACUUAUUAUUAAUGUUCAUAAUAAUGGUGAGCCCGCUUAUCAAACACAAGUACACAUUUAUAUUCCAAAUCCCUUGUUAUUAGCAAGUAUACCUACGGCAUGCCUAGAAUCAGCUCGGACGAAUGAAGAUGUUUUGCAUGUCAUUUGCAAGAUUGGAAAUCCUCUUACCAAUGAAAACAACAAAACAAUUGUAUUAGAAUUGGAUACAAGUAAAGUUCGUUUUGAUGUCAAGAGUUUGGAACUAUUUGCAAAUGUUUCUACUCAAAGCAAAGAAAUUAAUGAAAUUAAAAAAAAUUAUACUAUGACUAUUUACUUUGAUAUCGACGUUGACAUAGCUAUAGCAGGAAAAGCUCCAGACAAUGUAUACUCAUACUCUCAGGAAGAUGAAGGAAGUUUACAAAAUAUCCAAUUUAAACAUAUUUACGAAGUGCAAAAGUUUGGACAAAGUCCAAUUAACGAAGCUGCUUUAACGAUAGAGAUUCCAACACUUUUGAAAAGUACUGAUUAUGAUAUAGAAUUGAUUAGUAUAAAUCAAACUUCUGCUCAUAUGGAUGGUAAUAUUCUUAACUUGAAAAUCAAUGACAUGGAUGAUAGUAAAGAUUUUCAGACAAAUAUUAAAUUUCUUGGUGAUGGUCAGUUUGACGUCAAUAAUACAUCAAUAAUUACUUCACCUGGAAACAGUUUAAAAAAAACGACAAAUGCAUCUCUUGAAAAUAGAGUACUGUUCAUUAAUUGUAGUAAUCAACAAAUUGUGUGUAAAAGAAUAGAGUGUAAAUUAAAUCCUUUUACAAGUUCUUUAUCCGUCGCCCAGCUCAUAAUUACUUUAGAUUUUAAAGUGUCAAAUAUUUUAUCAUCCUUUUUAAAAGAAAAAAAUAUAAUAUUAUUUGCGUCUAAAGGCAGGGUGAACAUCACUCAACCACCUAAUGUUAUUCAAGGAAGUACAAAUAAACCAGAUAGUACCAUCAUAAUUACAAAAUUCCAAGGAUCUCCAAUAAAUGAACGCGUAGCCGUGUGGAUAAUAGUUUUAUCAAUAUUUCUUGGAAUCGUAUUUUUCAUAUUAAUUCAUCUAGUUCUCAUUAAGUUGGGUUUCUAUCAAAGAAAGAAAAAAGAACAACUGGAGGCUUUAAAAGCUAUGUCAGAUAGUAAAACUCCUACGGUUCUAGAAACAACUUCGUCUGAACUUGUUGAUCCAGACAGAGUAAGUGAAUAAGAAAUAUGUUAUUAAAGCUUUUUUUUCAUGUCUUCUAAUUUAUUUUUGAAAACAAUUAUAAUAAAUAGCAACGUGCAUAAACGUUCAUUACAAUCGUAUAACAUGUAAAAUAGAAUAUAUAUUCAUUUUAAAAACCACAAUUCUUUAUAAAAAUAUAAGUCGUAAAAA